AUGGCGGGGCAGGAGGACGCCAGCCUCCAGCAGCACGAGGAAGGGCGUGCGUCCUCCAGCGAGCUGCCAGAAGAACAGCGCGAGCUCCUGGCGCGCCUGAGGCGAUGCGUGGCCGCGGCUUGCGGCGCACAUGCUGACGCUCUCCUGCGACAGCUCCGCGAGGCUGAGGCGCAGAUGCGGUUCCUGCGGUUUGCGUCUCAACAUGCUGCUCCCCCCGAUCUACUAGGGACCCCCGGCGGCGAGGCGCUGCUGCUGCGGGCCUUUGCGGUCACCGACACACUCUCUCGCUUGGAGACGGCCGGGCUUGCCGCGGCCGCCGGCUGCAGCGAGGGCCAUGUGCGCGCCCUGUUUCGCAAGAGCAAGGGCGCGCUGCACGCGGCGCUGGACCGCGCGGGGCGGCGCUCAGAGCAGAUGAACCACCAGCAGCAGCAGCAGCAGCAGCACCACCAGCAGCAGCCUGGCGCCGCCGCGGCUGCAGGGAUUGCGGCCUCAGCAUUCCCCGAGGGCGCUGUCACGGCCCCGCCCUCUACCCUGGGAAGCGGCAUCAGCAGCCCGCCGCGGGCGCGCGCCGCUGUCCCGCACACCAGCGGUGUCGCCGGCUCCGCGCCUGCGGCAGCACUGCGUGAUUCAGCAGCGGCCGCGGCCGCAGCGGUGGGGACCGCGGAGCCCCUACCAGGGCAGGACGCAGACGCGGCGCAGCGCUCCCGUGAAGUCGCGCGCUCCCAGCAGCUGGAACGCAUUCACAAGCUGCUGGACCCCGCUACUGGCGGCCUUGACGGGCCGUCGAGCGCGUCCCCCUUUGUGGCGGCAAUGGCCGGCACCACCGGCUUUGUGGCGCGGCGCCGCUGUCUGGCGGCCCUGCGCGCGACGACGGCGCGGGCGGUGCUGCAGCGGCUGGACGGGCGGCGGCUGCUGCACGUGCUGGAGGCGUGGGCGGCAGACGGGGAGGCGGAGGGGCACGCCACCUUUCUUGAGGAGCUCAUGCGGGUGCUGGCCCACCUGGUGGUGUCCCCAGAUCACCUGCAGCGCCACCCCCUGGCGGCCGCGGUGCUGCGGCUCUCACGCAGCACAGCUAGGUGGCCGGCAGUCGCCGCAGCGGCCGGGGCAGCGGCUGACAAGCUCGGUGCGGUGGCGGCGGUGCGGGAUGGCGUCGACGCGCGCGACCGGCGGGCGUUGGAGCGGCAGCCGCUGGGCGCGGCCGCGCCGGCGCAGCCCAAGGUGCGGCCGGCUGAGGCCGGGGUCGCGAAGAGGGCCGCCCUCAACGGAAGCAGUGAGGUCAGCGACAGGUUGCGGCAGCAAGGCCACAGUGCAAGCCAGCAGCAGCCGCAGCCGCGGCGCCAGGAGCGUCAUGAGCAGAAGCAGCAGCAGCAGCAGCAGCAGCAACAGCGGCUGCCGCAGCAGCAGCACAAGCGGCAGCGUCACGAGGAGCAGCAAGAGCAGCCGCAGCAGCAGCACAAGCGGCAGCGUCACGAGCAGCAGCUUCAAGAGCAGCAGCGUCAGGAGCAGCAGCAGCAGAAGCAGCAGCAGCAGCAGCAGCAGAAACAGAAGCAGAAGCAGCAGCAGGAGGCACAGCGUGGGCGGGUGGCGCCCGUGCCGCAGCCGGACGCCAUCCUGAAGCAGCGGCGAGUUGCGCAGAUGCUGGGCGAAGGGGUUCCGACUGGCAGGGCCGUCCCUGACGGCAGCGGGCCUCACAAGCGCAAGGAAAGGGAGGAGCCGCGGGGUUGGGAAGCCCGGCAACGCACGCCGCCCACCCAGGUGGACAAGGCGUCUCCGCCGCAGGCCCCGCAGCGGGCUCAAGCACAGGUUGACAAGGCACCACCACAACAACAAGCGAAGGAGCAACAGCAGCAGCAGCAGCAGCAGCAGCAGCAGCAGCAGAACCAGCAGAACCAACAGCAGCAGCAACAGCAGCGGCAGCAGCAGCAGCAGGAGCAGGAACAGCAGCAGCAGCAGGAGCAGCGUCAGGGCCUUUCGGCCCUGGUGGAGCGCUUCAACGCUGAGGUGGCGCGCGACACGGCCCGCGACGCCUGGGAAGCGCAGGCGCGGCGCGAGCGGCGCGCGUGGGAGGUCCUCAUCGCCGGCGGACCCUGGGCGCCGGGGGACGCGCGGCGGCCUCGGCCGCCGGGUGCGUGGCUGGCGCCGCUGGUUGUCCCCGAGGGCGUAUUUGCGGCCGCUUACGAGCGCGACGCGCAGACAGGGGAGCUGGUAGUGGAGCGGUGGCCGGUGGGGGCCGGGCAGGAGUCCUUUGUGAACGGCGUGAGCAUGCCGCCGCCAACCGUUAGCGCGGCGGGUGCUGCGCCCGAGGUGAUGCCCUGGGACUGGGUGGCGGAGCCGGGGGACUCAGCUGCGGCGCUAUUCCUGGCGGGGGUGCGCCUGCCUACGCACCUGCCGGAGGCGCCGACCCCGGAGGCCCUGGCUCAACACUGCAUGCGCAAGGAGAAGGACCCGCCCACGGGCCAGCAGCUCGCACAGCUAGCGCAGUUUGCUGAGGAGCUGGCGGCCUGGCACGCGGACCAACGACAGCAGCAACAGCAGCAGCUAACCUCGUGGCGCCAUCAGCAGCAGCCCGAGCAGCAGCAGCAGCCCAACCAUGCGUUGGCCCCUCCCCAAGCGCAGAGCUUGACACACCAGCCCGCAGCCGACCCACCUCAGCAGCCACACACCCUGCAGCAACUGCCGCAGCCAGCUCUGGGCGCAGCUGUCCUGAAGCCUGCGGGUGGGAGCGGGGCGACGCUGUCCUUGGGGCAGGGGCCACCCGCCAUGGUGCAGCUGCGGCUCCAGCCCGCCACCACACUGCAGCAGGGACAGUACAGGGUGAUGGGCCAGGGGGGGUAUGGGUGA